CCCAGCAGCAGCGGCGGCCCCUGCCCAGCCAGCCCCGCCGCCCGCGCCCGUCCGUGCCGGCCCCAGAGGCAGCGCCGCGGCGGGACCCGGAGACUGUACCAGCCGAGAAGCGCCGCGCCGCCGGGCGCCCAGCAGUCCAAUGGGGCCGCAGCGGCCGCUGCCCCUGGCCGCGACCGCCGUGCUCUGGGGCUUCCUGCUCCCGCUGACAGCUGCUCAGGAAGCAAUCCUGCAUGCGUCUGGAAAUGGCAAACCUGUACCGUCUAAGGACUACUGCAUGCUCUAUAACCCUCAUUGGACAGAUCUUCCAAGUACCCUAGAAAAUGCAACUUCCAUCAGUUUGAUGAAUCUGACUACCACACCAUUGUGCAAUCUUUCUGAUAUUCCACCUGAAGGAAUAAAGAGCAAAGCAGUUGUGGUACAGUGGGGAACCUGCCAUUUUCUUGAAAAAGCCAGAAUUGCAAAAACAGGAGGUGCUGAAGCAUUAUUGGUUGCCAAUAACAGUGUCCUAUUUCCUCCCUCAGGGAACAAAUCUGAAUUUCAUGAUGUGAAAAUAGUGAUUGCAUUUAUAAACUACAAAGAUUUUAAAGAUAUGAAGCAGACUCUUGGAGAUAACAUUACUGUGAAAAUGUAUUCUCCAUCGUGGCCCAACUUUGACUAUACUAUGGUAGUUAUUUUUGUAAUUGCUGUGUUCACUGUGGCAUUAGGAGGCUAUUGGAGUGGACUAAUUGAAUUGGAGAACAUGAAGGCCGUGACAAACACUGAAGAUAGAGAAAUGAGGAGAAAGAAGGAAGAAUAUUUAACUUUUAGUCCUCUAACAGUUGUAAUAUUUGUGGUCAUCUGCUGUGUUAUGAUGGUCUUACUUUAUUUCUUCUACAAAUGGUUGGUUUAUGUUAUGAUAGCAAUUUUCUGCAUAGCAUCAGCAAUGAGUCUGUACAACUGUCUUGCUGCGCUAAUUCGUAAGAUACCCUGUGGACAAUGCGCGAUUACAUUUCGUGGCAAAAGCAUUGAAGUGAGACUUAUCUUUCUCUCUGGACUAUGCAUAGCAAUAUCUGUUGUUUGGGCUGUAUUUAGAAAUGAAGAUAGGUGGGCUUGGAUUUUACAGGAUAUCUUGGGGAUUGCUUUCUGUCUGAAUUUAAUUAAAACACUGAAGUUACCCAACUUCAAGUCAUGUGUGAUACUGCUAGGCCUUCUCCUCCUCUAUGAUGUAUUUUUUGUUUUCAUAACACCAUUCAUCACAAAGAAUGGCGAGAGCAUCAUGGUUGAACUUGCAGCUGGACCUUUUGGAAAUAAUGAAAAGUUACCGGUAGUCAUCAGGGUACCAAAGCUGGCCUAUUUCUCAGUAAUGAGUGUGUGCCUCAUGCCAGUUUCAAUACUGGGUUUUGGAGACAUUAUUGUACCAGGACUGUUGGUUGCAUACUGUAGAAGAUUUGAUGUUCAGACUGGUUCUUCUUCUAUAUACUAUGUUUCCUCCACAAUUGCCUAUUCUGUUGGCAUGAUACUUACAUUUGUGGUUCUGGUGCUGAUGAAAAAGGGGCAACCUGCUCUCCUCUAUUUAGUUCCUUGCACACUUAUUACUGCCUCAGUUGUUGCUUGGAGACGUAAAGAAAUGAAAAAGUUCUGGAAAGGUAACGGCUAUCAGGUGAUGGGCCACCUGGACUAUGCAACAAAUGAAGAAAGCCCUGUGGCUGCUGGCGAACAGAAUGUCCAACAAUAAUAUUUUGUAGACCUGUCAGUUGAUUUUCUACAAAUAGAGUUUGACUUUUGAAAUUGAUUUUUGAAUUGACAGUCUGAAAGAAGCUUCAAUGAUAUGCUUGCAAAUAUAUAUUUUUAAAGAGCUGGUACUGACAAUUACAUCAAAUAGUUGAAAUACAUUUGCUUUUAACUAUGUUAAAGUUGUGCCUUCACAUUAAAUAAAAGCGUAUGGUCUGUGUAA